AUGGCCGGUGUCUCCACACCCAGCCCGCCAUCAACGCCACAGUCUGGCGUGGAUAAUCAGUCGGAGCCUGCGGGAGCCACGAUCAUUCUUCCGCCCCUGUCUAUAGCGGAGAGCUUUGAGAACGUGGGCAUUCCUGGGCUGUUCAGUGAAUCCGUACUUAAGGACAUCUGGACCGUCCAGACUGCACGGAAGCUGGACGAUUUGAAGUAUGGAAUAUCCGAGUCGCCGCUGAGAAGCAGUCUGGAGUCCGCCUUUGUCGAAUACAACUCGAGCAAGAACGUUUUUCUCAAGGGAAAGAAGACGUCUCCUGCCGACCUGAUAGGGGAAUUUGUCAUGACGACUAAUAACCCCACCAUCGACAAGUACUACAAACUGUUGUCCAAGACGGCGAAAAAACCUACAGAGCAGUUUGUUUUCCAGAAUGCCUCUGCCAUCUACAACCUGUACUAUUUCCUCUCGUCCCUCAAACCGAACCCAGACAACACAGUUGCCAAGGCCGGCGUCGACGAGCUCUACAAGACGCCAGACGUUUUUUCUGAGAUCGAAAACGCUCCUCGUCCAGAGUUCGGGUCGCAGAUCGAGGCCUCGUUCGGCUCUUUGCAAGAAUUCAAGGCCCUUUUGCUGUCCACCGCAAAGGCAGUGAAAGGAAACGGAUACACGUGGCUGGUGUACAAGUACAGACAGCCCGAAUUGGGACAGGAAACAAGGGACCUGUCGAGAUUCUCCUCGCUGGCGAUCCUGAACACCUACAACCACGGCACGCCUCACCAUUUCAGAGCAGGACAGAUCUCGAACGCCAGGGCAUUCAAGAAACAAAAAUCGGAGUCGUCUGAACAGGACGACGGCUCCUUCAGCAUGCACAAAAUCGACAUUCCUUCGCUGGAGCAGGCACAAGACACAUACGAGCCGUUGAAGUACGUCUACGAGCCGCUCAUGGCCAUCGGAAACAACCCGUCUUUCUAUCUGCGAGACUACGGUGUGUUUGGAAAGGCCAGGUACCUCGAAAAUGUGUGGAAUUGCAUAGAUUGGAGCGUGGUGGAGACCCGGUGGGCCAACAGAGCUCUCUCUUCAAGAAACUAA